UUAGUUAACCAACAAAAUAUAUAUACAUCCUUCUCAAUUUCCCUUCUCUCUACUGCUUUAAUCUUUUGCUUCUUCUUCUUUUUCUUCUUCUUCUGCUUUCUCAACACCCUCAACCAUGGCUACGGCUACUCUGUCAGUAGCCAAACCAUCUAUUCAGCAGGCUAAUGGAAAGGGAUUUGGAGAAUUCUCGGGCCUCCGCAACUCGUCGACCAGCCUUUCCUUUGCAAGGAGAACAUCUGAUGAUUUCCUUUCCGUCAUUGCCUUCCAAACCUCUGCAGUGGGAAGCAGUGGAGGAUACAAGAAAGGGAUUGUGGAAGCAAAGCUUAAGGUAGCCAUCAAUGGGUUUGGAAGAAUUGGCAGGAAUUUCUUGAGGUGCUGGCAUGGACGCAAGGAUUCCCCACUUGAUGUCAUUGCCAUCAACGAUACCGGAGGCGUCAAGCAAGCUUCUCACCUCCUCAAAUACGAUUCCACCCUCGGCAUCUUUGAAGCUGAUGUGAAACCUGCCGGAGAUGAAGCCAUUUCAGUCGAUGGCAAGAUCAUCAAAGUGGUUUCCAGCCGCAAUCCCCUCAACCUUCCCUGGAAGGACAUGGAAAUAGACUUGGUGAUUGAAGGAACUGGAGUGUUUGUUGAUAGAGAGGGUGCAGGGAAGCACAUUGAGGCUGGAGCUAAGAAGGUCCUAAUUACAGCACCUGGGAAAGGUGACAUUCCAACCUACGUUGUUGGGGUUAAUGCUGAUGCAUACAGCCAUGACGAGUCCAUCAUCAGCAAUGCUUCUUGCACUACCAACUGCCUAGCUCCUUUUGUCAAGGUCCUUGACCAGAAAUUUGGUAUCAUCAAGGGAACAAUGACUACCACUCACUCCUACACUGGUGACCAGAGGCUACUCGAUGCCAGCCACCGUGACCUCAGGAGGGCAAGAGCUGCUGCACUCAACAUUGUUCCUACAUCCACAGGAGCAGCCAAAGCUGUUGCCUUGGUCCUCCCUUCUCUUAAAGGAAAGCUCAAUGGGAUUGCACUUCGUGUGCCCACUCCAAAUGUUUCUGUUGUCGACCUUGUUGUCCAGGUUUCUAAGAAGACAUUCGCUGAAGAGGUGAAUGCUGCAUUCCGGGAAAGUGCUGAGAAGGAGCUCAACGGUAUCCUCUCUGUUUGUGAUGAGCCCCUUGUUUCGGUCGAUUUUAGGUGCUCUGAUGUCUCCUCAACUGUCGACUCUUCCUUGACUAUGGUUAUGGGGGAUGACUUGGUGAAGGUUAUUGCUUGGUAUGAUAAUGAGUGGGGUUACUCUCAACGGGUUGUUGAUUUGGCUGACAUUGUUGCCAACAACUGGAAAUGAGCAUGAUUGGUUUGCUCUCUCUGAGCUAACCUCAUUUCUAGGUUGUUUCUGCAUAUCUGCUUAUUUUUUCCCUUAUUAAUUUGUAUUGAGAACGCCAAAACCAUUUUCCUUUACCCAUUUACCCAUCACCCAAUAAAUAUAUAUGCCACAAAACGAUGAGAGUGAUAAAGUUCCAAAAGUCGAGUCAAGUUCGAGAUUUCAUGAAUACAAAUAAAAUAUAUCUUGCUCUGUAGGAUAUGCUAAACUGAAUUCAGUUAUGUUACUUGAACAGUUGCAUCA